ACGAUCAGCUGUUUGUGCUGGACAAACGUACGUUCACGAUCAAAUCUUCAUACUUGUUGUUCUGGUUGUUUGUGAUAGGACGGCGGAGAUUCUUUGUAUUGAAAACUACUACUACUAAGAAAGAGAUAUAAAUACUAUUCCAGAAAUUGCAGAAAAAGCAUUCGUAAUAUAACGAAGAGUUGAUUGAAAUGAACCGAAACGGUCAUUCUAACGGCCACACCAACAUAAUGCAGCACUCAGAUGAAAAGCCUCACUACCAAAAGAAAUACCGCCGUGAAGCUCCAAACAGAAUCUUCGUAAACAGAAGUUUGAGUCUGGACAAAAUAAAGUUCUUUGGUUUUGAUUUGGACCAUACACUUGCUGUUUACAAAUCACCUCAGUAUGAGCAGAUGGGUUUUGAUCUGGUUGUGAAACGCCUCAUCUCAAUUGGUUACCCCCAGGAAUUAGAAGGUUUCCAAUAUGAUCCUUCCUUUCCAACCAGAGGUCUCAUCUUUGACAAGAAAUAUGGCAAUCUACUCAAGAUUGAUACCUAUGGUUACAUAUUGGUUUGUGUCCAUGGCUUUAAGUUCAUCUCAUCCCACGGUCUUAGUGAAUGCUACCCAAACAAAUUCAUCUCAUUAUCCAAAGAACCAGCCCGUUUCUAUGUCCUCAACACCUUGUUCAACCUCCCAGAAACAUAUCUGCUAGCUUGCUUAGUUGAUUUCUUCAGCAGCUCACAGGACUACCAGCUAAUGCCGAAGGGUGUUAAGAAUGGCGACCUCUACAUGUCAUGGGAAAGCGUGUUCCAAGAUGUCCGGGGCGCCAUGGACUGGAUUCAUGCCAAGGGAGCUUUAAAGAAUAAGACUGUAGAAAAUGUUGAAGAAUAUGUAGUUAAGGAUCCUCAGCUACCAGUCCUCCUACAAAGAAUGCAGGAUCACGAUCGCAGUGUCUUCCUGGUCACCAAUAGUGAUUAUAACUACACCAAGAAAAUCAUGCAUUACCUGUUUGAUUUCCCUGGAGCAAAACCAUGGUGGGAGUAUUUUGACGUAUGUAUAACUGACGCCAGGAAGCCUCUGUUCUUUGGUGAGGGAACCAUCUUACGCCAAGUAGAUAUGGUGAGCUUUUACACCCAUUGUCUUUUUGAAAAUUUGGAACGGCUGGAUGCUGCUUUAGCUGAAAAGUAUAAAAACAUGGACAGUAGUACAGAUAAAACACCCGAUAUUAGUCAUAUCAAGAGUGCAAUACAGAAUGUAGUUCAUGAGAUGGAUAUGUGUCAUGGUAAACUAGGCAGUCUUUUUAGGAGUGGAUCUCGUCAGACAUUCUUUGCCAGCCAAGUGCUGCGGUAUGCUGACCUGUACUCCGGGACAUUCCUAAACUUCCUGCAUUACCCUUUCAGCUAUCUCUUCAGAGCUCCCCAUCAACUGAUGCCUCAUGAAUCAACUGUUGAACACACUGACAUCUUCAUGGAGUCUAUGCUGUCACCAGGAACUUCCCGCAAACGAACCCUCAAAGACAUCGGUAAAAUAGCUGAAAGGGAGGGCAAGCAGAUGAAUGUGACACGUGCGGCUACCAUAUCUGGCCCUGUGCAUGUCCGCCCUCCAACCCCACCACACAUCACGCAUGUCCAUGAUGAAGAUGAUGAAGAGUAAACACAAAGUUGUUACCAUGGUCAUAAGGAAGGGGAAAACUCCGAGACAGUGUAUUGAUUAAUAUUAAGCAUUUUUGUGGGCUUCACUUGUUCUGAAAAUGAUACAUGUUUUAAAAAAAUAAAUCCUCCCUGUAAUCGCUUGAAAACUGUCUAUUCUAUGUCUAAUUGCUGAAAUGGUACAGAGUGUGUUUUUUAAAUGCUUUUAAAAAUAGGAGAGGUUUUGAUAACAUUUUAACAAAUUGGUCUGAAAUGUGAAAUCCAUGCUCAUAUGAAGUAUGUGUCUGGAAUGUACAGAUACAUAUUUUAAAAUGCUGAUACUAAUAGAUUUAUCGAUGUUACCUCAAAUAUUUACAUUGUAAAUAAAUCUCUGGAAGAUUUUUUUAAAGUCUCUGAGAUUAGGAUCUACCAAGCAUAUUUUUACCAGUGCUUUUAUUAACAUAUAAAAUAAUAAAUAAAACAAGUAAUGUUUCUUGUAUUAUAAAUGAUGGUUCAUUUCCUAUAUGCUCAAGCAGGUAUAACCAUUACCAAAUAAAAGAUGGUACAAUUUAACAGUUUUUUCUUUUAAAAAAUAUCAAUUGUAAAAAGUAUUUGUCUUAAACAGCUGUAAGAAUAAAAAAAUAAAAAUAGCUUUGAAUGUAAAAUAUUAUAAAUCAUAAUACUGGUCAAUCUAAUACCCUAUCUACUGCCAUGGUAAAUAUCUUUUUACAAUUUCGUUUCUAAAUAAUAUAUCAGUAUUUGCAAACAGUACAAUGUACCUGUGCAUUUAGUUUCCUAAUAACUAAAUUUUACUUUACGAAAGUAAAAUGUAAACAGGUAAAACAGUAAGUAGGGUAAUUAGAGCAGUCAACGAUUAAGAAUUUGGUUCUAAGCCUGAUUCAAGUGUGUGCAUUUGUAAACAUUUAUAAUUUAAAUGUUUUGUGAUAAUGCAUGAAUAAUUCAUAAGGUAGGUCAUUAAUAGGUCAUGUAACAAAUAUUAGUUUAAAAUGCAGUAACCCGUGUUCUACAACCAAUUAAAAUGUGUGCAUUUAAAACAUGGCAAUAUCAGUAUGUGUCAGUUUUAGUGGAAUCUUUUGGUCACAUGACCAAUACUAGUUUUUUUUUUUCAAGUAACUUAAAUUAAUUACUAUAAUAUUUGGAUUUUUUUUAUUCAUGUUUUUAUAAUGUUUUUGAAUUUUCGUUUUUCGUUUUUUUAUUCUUGAAUAUAUUUGUUUAAAACUUGUUCCACUUUUCUCAGGACAAAUUAUGUUAUUCAUUUCUAUUAUUAAAAUAGUUACCUUCAGUAUUUGAAUUAGCCGUUGAAUAAUUUAUUCUAGUAAUUGAUAAAUAUAUUGUUACAGAAAAAUAUCAAUUAUCAUUUCAGUAAGAGGAUAUUAUCUUUAAAUGCAGUCACAUCAGAAAUUUAAAGUUAUCUUUAUAGAUAAUAAUUAAGUUUUUUAAUCAGCUUUAUGAUGAUUGAUUUUUCAUUUUUAUAUCAAAUGUAUUGUUUAUUUCAUACUGAUUAUUAGUAGCUGUAUCUCCUUUUUUUCUUUAAUUAAUACACUGUUUAUAAUGGUUUUAGUGUAGAUGAUUUAUAUUAUGAACUGACCUCUUUCGUUAACAUUAUACAAAGAGGGCGGUACUUAAUAAAUAUUCAAUGUACAGUAAUACAUAUUAUACACAUAUACAUACAUGUAUAUUCUGUACAUUUAUUGCUAUACUUAGUACAAAAUUUUUUUUUUUAAACUUUAUUCUUUAGUAUUUCAAAUUAGUAAACUGUUUAUAAUGGUUUUAGUGUAGAUGAUUUAUUAUUAUAUACUGGCCUCUUUAGUUAGUAUUACACAAAGAGGGCAGUAGUUUACAGUAGAAUAGUAUGCUAUAUUCAGUACUUUAUUGUUAUACAUUUGUAAACAUUUUUUUUUUAAGUUGAUUAAAUAAUUAAUGGACCAAAAUGCUACUUAGCUGCAUUGUCAUUGUGUAAUAAUUCCAUAUCUGCUUUAAUAUUUAGAAAUGUUAAUGCUGCCUGAAUUUGACAAAAUUAUAAUGUAUAUACUGUGCAACUCAAUUGAAUAUUAAACAGACUGCAUGAAUAUAUUCAGCUCGUUACAUACUGUAGUAAUAUUAUAGAGAUAGAUUAUUUUGAAUUUAUUUUUGUUGUUUUUUUACAUGAUAAAUAUUAGAUACAAACCGAGGUGAAUAGGGUCAAAGAACGUGUUGUCGCGGUUGUGGAAUAUUAAUUUUUAGGAAUAUGGAAAUGUUUUAAUGAUUCAAGAGUAUAUUUGUUAGCUCUUGAGCAAAAUAAAUGCAGUCUUGAAUCGUGGAUCUAAAUGUAGUGAAUUACCAUACAUCGUUGUCCCUUCCCUGACAUGAAUAUUCAUGCUACUCAGUGUGAAGGUUGUAUAAUUUGAUUUAUGAAUAUUUAUAUUUGCUCUAUAUGCAUAUCAGUUGAUUUAACAUUAGGUGUUAAUGUACUGUAAUAUACAUUAUUUUUUUCCAAUUGUUUCUAUUUGCGUUUAUAUAACAGAUACGUUAUGUACAUAAUAAUAUACUCUUUUGAUUGUAUAAGGUAGAUGUACAGAGUUUUAUUUGAUACACAUUAACCCCCUUCCCAGACCCACGCAAGCUUGUUUAACCAUUGGCAUGUAUAAACUUCCUGCUUUUGCCUGUCAAUGCUUAGCCUAUGCAACUAAUAUUUACAUGUUGGAAUUCUCAAAUUGAAUUGAACUGUACAAAAAGUUUUUUAAAUGAUAGUUGUAAUACUGAUAUAAAUUUUGUGUCCUCUAUAAGUCAAUUCGUAGUUUGAAUUGCUCAUGCCUGUAUCCAAGGUCAAUUGACAUAAACCUAUGUUGUGUGUGAUAAGGUCGAUUGAACUUGAUACGGGCAUGCGCGGUUAAAACUACGAAUUGGCACAUGUACUAAUGACCAAAUACUUCCAAUUCCUGCGUUUAAUUUUGAUAUAGGCCUGCACUUUCUUUGGUUGAAAAUGGGAUGAUAUUUAAAAGAAGUUGGUAAAUAGUGACAAUCUUUAAUUAAUUUAUUGUUAUAUUAGUAUUGUAGUAAUAGUUACAGCUUGCUAGAAGAUAAAUAGAUUUGAAUGAGAUUUUAUAACAUUUUAAUAUCGCAUACCUGUUCUAUUAUGGUGAAUAUUUUACAAUCAUCUAAUUAACUUUGCAUGCAUACAGUUUACUUCUAACAACGAUGAUAUUGUUUUACCAAUGUUGCAAACCUAAUUCGUUCAGAAUUGUGAUGGUAAAAGUUUUCACAUCAGCACACAGUCAUGUUUCAACGAACUCAGAAGUAUCCAGUAAUUUCCUACUCAAUUUUAAUUUUAUGGUCUGAUCUACUUUAUUUAGGUUGCUUUACAACAAAGGUAUUGAAACCAUUUGAAGAAAUGUUUUGAAUAAUAUAUUGUUUAAGCCACUGAUUGUGGACGAAACUUAAAA